AUGUGGCCCUUUGAUUCACAAUAUCCGUGCAAACGACUGCAAGACAUUGCAGAUCAGGCCUACGACUACAUCAUCGUUGGCGGUGGCACAGCGGGUUGUGCUCUCGCUUCAAAGCUCAGUGAGAGCCCCGAGACUACCGUAUUAAUGCUCGAGAAAGGUCCCAUUAAAGACAGUUAUCAGUCACGUAUACCGUUGGCGUCCGUGGCAAACGGAAUAUACACCAAGCGCCAAAACUCGUCCCUGGGGAGCAGGCCAGUUCCAAUCCUCUCAGCAGAGACACUAGGCGGAAAUUCGAGGAUAAACGCCAUGAUUUAUACGCGUGGAACUCCGGCAUACUAUAACCAAUGGGCUCGUACCCAUCCCGACUGGAGCUGGGUAAACGUGGAACCGUAUUUUCGCAAAGUGGAAAACAGCAUCAACCUCUGCCAGAAUCGCGAAUUAGAAUCCAACAUUUACCCAUUUCUUCGAAAAUCAGCAAGCGCGCUAGGGCUGCCCCUAGGACACGACAUAAAUCGACCUGAUAGCCCAGCCAUGGGGUACUUUGAUCUUCAUCUGACUGUUGAUUCGAAACAGCAUAGGCAUUCAGCCGUUCGCGCCUAUCUACCAAAGGAGGUCGCGGUGCGUCGUCGGGCUCGUCUGCAUAUUUGCACGGGUGUCGUUGCGUCGCGGCUCCAUCUCGACGCCUCGACUGGCCUAGUCAAGGGCGUCUUUGUCCAGUCUUCACAAGCGAAGCAGACAGACUCAAAGACGAGUCCACGGAAACCGACUUUGGUCAAAGCCAGACGAGAAGUUAUUCUCGCCGCAGGAGCCAUUGGCACACCGAAAAUCCUGCAGCUCAGCGGUGUCGGACCACGGCUGGUCCUCGAGCGAGUUGGGAUACCUGUCGUUCGCCAUCUUCCAGGCGUCGGGAGCAAUUUAGGCGACCACUGCUUGUUUCCUGUGCAUGUGCAAGUGCCGGUUCACGAAACCUUGCAGCAACUGCAAGCCAGCAUCUUGAAAAGGGCUAAACACGCCGUUCUCUAUGCCGUGGCAGGCAAAGGCUGGCUCAGGUCGGCGGUGGAUCGUGCAAUCUUGUUGUGCACUUCGCACUUUGACGAGGAAAAGGGCGCCGUGCUCGCUACGGAGGCUGCGGAUGACGGAGAAACCCUGCCAGAUGUUGAGAUUAUGGUGGUCCCAAUCGGAUCCUUGCCAGAGCUGUAUCCCGGCAAAUCCAUGAUUACGCUUCAGACGUGCUUGAUUCAGCCCAAGUCGACAGGCACCAUUGAGAUUACAAGCCCCGAUCCCGGGGUAGACGCCAGGAUCCAGCUCAAUAUUUUGUCAGAUCCGAGUGAUUGGCAAGUGGCACGGAAGGCCUGCCGCUUUGCACUCGCCUUGGCUGAGCACUUUAUUCACCAGUCCGGAUAUCCCUCCGAGGCUCGAGUGUUUGCGGGCCCGGGCAGUGUUGGCGCCCGGGAGUGGAAAGAAGGCGACUGGCGUGUCGUCUCGGAUCAAGAGAUUGACACAUACAUUGGAAUGUACGUUGGCUCUGGCUUCCAUCUCACCAGCUCGUGUCGCAUGGGGAGGGAAGAGGACGGGGGGGUUGUUGACAGCCAACUGCGUGUCCAUGGCUUCAAGAACCUGAGAAUCGCGGAUGCGAGUGUCCUGCCUUGUGUUCCCCCGGGACACCCCAUGGCGCCUACUUACAUGAUAUCUGAGAGAUGCGCUGAUUUUAUUAAGGAUGGACGGAACUGA